AUGGCUAAGUGGGACGUGAAUGGGAAGACAUUUAUGAUCACCGGCGCGGCUACGGGCUUGGGCGCCGGUUACGCUGAACAAUUCCUGAAGGAAGGAGCGAAAAUCUUUUCCUACAAGCAAAUAGCCAUUUUGGAUAUAGCUGAAGACAAAGGCAAAUUGUUCGUAGAAGAACUAAACAAUACCUACCCCGGAAGAGCAAUAUUCAUUAAAUGCGAUGUUAGUGACGAACAAAGCAUUGCUGUGGCUUUUGACGAAGUCCUUGUCAAGUUUGGGAAACUGGAUGUCGUGAUAAACAACGCAGGCAUCAUGAACGACUCUCCUCAAUUGUGGAGGAAAAUGUGUGACGUCAAUUGGCAAGGGCUCGUCUCAUUUACGUCAAGAGCAAUAAAACACAUGAGGAAGGACGAAGGCGGCGCUGGUGGUACAAUUAUCAACGUCGCGUCCACGGCUGCCUUAAUAAAAACAGACGCUUUACCAAUUUACUGCGGCACCAAAAUGGCAGUGUUGCACUUCACUCAAUGCAUCGCAAGUGGAAACUUCUAUGAGGAGACUGGUGUAAGAUGCUUGACGAUUUGCCCUGGGCCUACAGACACUGCCCUCAUGGUUGGGCUAACUGAAAGGGGUAGUGACAACAAAAAGGGGGAGAUACUGGAGCAGUUAGUUAACACAUUAACCUGUCAAAAGAAAGAAUCAGCAGUGGCCGCAGUGGUAAAGAUGUUCAAAGAAGGCACCAACGGUUCUAUUUGGCUGAGUGUCAACAAUCAACCCGGCAAGGAUAUUACGUCAGCUGUAGAUGAAGCUUUUGAUAUCUUAAUAAAAACUACAACUCACUAA